UAACAUGUCACAUGGUCCAUGGUUUAGUAUGCUUGACCUUGGAAUGAGAGAUGAUAUUGGUCCUAAACAAUGGCAUUGUAUAAAAGAUGUAUAUGAUAAACCGAUAACAAACACAAAUGG